AUGGCGGCGUGUUCAUCUUCCUCACCGGCGACAGAGGAAGAGAUAACACUGAAAGUAAAAUGGACCGGAAAGGAAUACACCGUGCGAGUGUGCGCCGACGACACCGUCGGAGAACUGAAGCGUCGUAUCUGCGAACUUUCCAUCGAUCUCAACAAGUCGUCUCUCAAAUUCACCAUGAUCGGUACUACUGAAGAAGAUUUGAUAGUUGAUCCUGUUGAUUCCCCUGAGAUUCUCGAUGAUUUUGAACUUGCUCAAGAAGAAGCUAUUGAUACCAAAGAUAUGCAUGUUAACAAGCAGAAAUUGACCAGACGCAUUAAUCACUUCAAAGUUGAAAUUCAAAACCCUUGUCGCCAAGGAAAGAAACUCCUUGUUCUGGAUAUUGAUUACACCCUUUUUGAUCAUCGAUCUACUGCCGAAAACCCUCUUCAACUCAUGAGACCUUACCUUCAUGAGUUUCUAACAGCAGUUUAUGCUGAGUAUGACAUUAUGAUAUGGUCUGCGACAAGUAUGAAAUGGAUUACUCUCAAGAUGAGCCAACUUGGGGUUCUGGACAAUCCUAACUACAAAAUCACUGCAUGUCUUGACCACUUGGCAAUGAUCACUGUCCAGACAGCUUCUCGUGGGGUCUUUGAUUGCAAACCACUUGGUUUGAUUUGGGCUCAGCUCCCUGAGUUCUACAGUGCUUCUAAUACUAUUAUGUUUGACGACCUUCGAAGAAAUUUUGUGAUGAACCCGCAGAAUGGUUUGACAAUUAAACCAUUUAGGAAGGCUCAUGCAAACCGAGACAGUGAUCAGGAGCUUGUGAAACUUACCCAGUACUUACUAGCCAUAGCAGAACUUGAUGAUUUGAGUCACCUUGAUCAUAAUAAAUGGGAGUCAUUCUCGGAGGACAAUGGUAAAAGGCGUAGGCACAAAUGA